CUUGUAACUCAUCUGAAUUUCUGAGGGUUUAAACAUAAAAGGGUUGGAAUUUAAUGCUUCAUUUGGUGUUUGUGCUAGUUCCAAAUUAGUGAAUUUGAUUUAUUGUUAAAAGAGCUUUAGCAUUUGAUGCUUUUAGGGUACCAUCAAACACCCAAUUUCAGGGGGACUGUGAAUGACAUCCUGCUUCAUCUCAGUUCUUGCAUAAUUCAAGUAAGAAUUUGAUGCUUUUUGGCCAUUUUUUGGAACACUCGUUUUUUCAAAUUCCUUUUCCAGGGGUUAAUUCAGAACUUGGAUGCUUUCUUUUCAUUCUACAAGAAUUGAUCCUCCUUGAGAUUGUGGAAAAAAAAAUAGAAAGAAAACUAUUGUUCUUCUCUAGGCUCAAAGGAAUACAAACGGAAUCUGCUUUUUUUUUUAACACUUGCAAGCUGUUAACUUUAUACUCUGAAAGGUUCACUUUCAUGUCCUGUAGGAGGAAUUUUCUCUCUUUUUUGCCUUGCUGCAGAGUAGAUUUGAUCCUAGGGUUUAUCAGAACAAGAGCUAAAUAGUUGGUCUCUAUUAAGAUUUUCUUGUGCCAGAUGUAUUUGAUUUCCACUUUUUCUUUGUUUCUUUACUUUAGCAUUCUCUCAGUUCUAUAAAGCUGCCAUUGUUGUUUGUUCCUUGUUCAGUCUGCAAGAUAUCCCCCCCAAACUAUGUUUGGUCAAACCAAAGGUUGAUUUUCCUUAGAAUUUGGGUUUUCUUUUUAGCUUUUGAAUCUUAGAAAAUGACUAGUGAAAAUGAUGAUAUGGGAUUGGCAAUGAGUUCAAUAUCCAUGUUCAACAAGUCUUCAAAUACAUCAGAUCCUUUCUUCAGUUCUGGUUGGGAUCCAAUUGUUUCACAGAGUGAAAGCAUUGGAGGUUCUUCAAUGGCUUCCCAUUACCAUCUUGUGAUGGAAAAUCAGGGAAUUAGUGGCACUUCCCAUGUUUCCCAGUAUCAAUCUGAUCCAAGCUAUGUUGAGUUGGUUCCAGAGCUUACUGGCUUUGAUGGUGGAAAUUUUUCUCAAAUGGUUGGUCCCUUUAGUGUACCACAAUGCAAUCAAGUUGCCAACAGCAGGUGCCCCCCGGAUUUCGCUCUAAACACCGAGGGUGGCAACGGAAGGGGUUCGACAAAUAGUUUACUAUUUCUUGAUGAGCGCAAAAUCUCAAAAGAAGCGCUUGUAGACAUCACGCCUAAUGGAAAGAUCCGAAAACGUGCUCCUGAAUCCGGCUCUCCAUUAAGAUCAUGCAAGAAUGGUGAUGAAGGGCCUGUAAUGAAUCUGUCUAGUGAGGGCUGUGAUGGUCCGAGGGAACAGGCCAGGAAGAAACCGAAAACGGUACAGAAUACGGGUGCUAAUUCACGUGGUAAGCAAACUGCUAAACAAGAUAAAGACAGUUCACAGUCCGAGGAAUCUCCUAAAGAAAACUACAUCCAUGUGAGAGCAAGAAGGGGUCAGGCUACAAACAGUCAUAGCCUUGCAGAAAGGGUGAGAAGGGAGAAGAUAAGUGAGAGAAUGAGAUUGCUUCAAGAACUCGUACCAGGGUGCAAUAAGAUUACUGGGAAAGCUGUAAUGCUGGAUGAGAUUAUCAACUAUGUCCAGUCAUUGCAACAGCAGGUUGAGUUUUUAUCGAUGAAACUCGCCACCGUCAACCCGGAGCUAAACCUUGAUUUAGUCAGAAUUCUAUCCAAAGAUAUUCUUCAUCCACGGAGUGGAAGUGCUGCAGUUCUCGGAUUCGGUCCAGGGACGAACUCUCCUCACAGUUUCUCCCCUAGUACCUUUCUCGGAACAAUUUCAGGCGUCCCAAAUUCAAAUCCACAAUUCCCUCUCUUGCCUCAGACCGUACUAGAAAACGAGCUGCACAAUCUUUUUCAAAUGGGAUUUUAGUCGGGUUCGACCAUCGAUGGUUUUGGACUAAACGGUAUUCAUCCAAGUCGAUUAAAACCAGAGAUGUGAUAUCGGGAAGAAACUAACAUGAGAAAGAAGCUUAGUCCCUCCUAACAAAGAAUUUCAUAUGUUUCAAGUAAAAUGCAGAUAAGUUCAUGGGGUAAAAUCCAGGAUCAGCUGUAUAGGUUAUUAAGUUUCCAACAAGAUCAUGUAUAUUUGGAAAACAAAGCAAAGAGUUUGGUUGAUGGAAUCUUCAUUUUUUAUUGGUAUUUUUGUUUGAUGCUUUGUGAAAAGAUUGGAAUAUGGUGUUGAGGAGAUUAUCUUAUAGAUUGGA